GGAGACGAAAAACAAAAAUAAACGAACAAAAUUACACUGGAAAUCAAUCCCCCAAUGUAAAAAAAAAAGAAGAAAAAAUGCAAUCUUGUUUUGAUAUUAUUCUUCUGAUCCAGUAGGAUCCGCCCCCAUUUCCCAAGCCGGCGUCUAAUUGGCCAGAAUCACUGCGCCGCCGACCAAUCACCGCCCUUGCUCUGGCUGCGGUUGUUUACUUCUGGCCUGAAGCACGUGGCAGCGGCGAGGGUAUCAGCUGAUUGCCGUACUCCAUUGUGGUUUAUUUCGAUUUAUUUCUUGCCCUGCUGCCUUUCCUGCCCCAUAUUUAUGUGAGAUUUUGAGUCCGAGUGCUGUUUGCCGGGUGUUUUCUUACUUGUUGCGAUAAGAGAUAGUUUGUACAGUCACCAUGUCACUGGAACAUACUGCAUGUGAAGAUUUGAAAGCGUUCGAGCGGCGAUUGACGGAGGUGAUAAACAGGCUACAGCCUUCCACUGUAAGAUGGAGAAUGACAACACUCAACAGACCAUGCAUUUCAGUGGUCUUGACAGUGGCUGCACUGAGCACAGUCUUUGGGGCAUACCUCUGGCUCACUGACCCCAUCACACACAGCCAAACGGUUGCUCAGUCGCUCAUCAGCCAUCUCUUCUUUACUUUUGCUGCGUUUUCUCUAGUUUUACUGUUCAUAGUGGGGAUCCACAAAAAGGUGGUUUUUCCCUCAAUCAUCACAUCACGAACCCGCAUUGUUUUAUCUGAUUUUAACAUGUCCUGCGAUGACACUGGGAAACUUAUCUUAAAGCCAAGACCAACCACCACCUAAGAAUGAUAAAGCAUAGGAUAUUUGUAAAUUUAGUACUAAUUCCUUUUUUUUGGUUUUGUUUGAGACCUGUAUUUUACAGGUAAAUGGAAAGCAAGAACAGUUGGUGUACAAAAAUUACUUGAAUGUGGGAUUAAUUUUAAUUUAAAUGUUUCAGUGUUUUACUUAAGAAAAAGAAAUAGAUUAGAUUAGACUGCACAGAUUAUCCUGUGCUGUGUCUCUUUGUAACAGUUUCAUCCUUAUAAAACAGAAGAGCAAUAUGUAUAAAUUUCCGGUAAGUUAAUUAGGAACUCACUAUUUAGAAUCAAAGUCCUUUUGUAUGAAAGGGAUGAUGAGAAGGAAUUUCCAGAGUCAUGUAGAUAUAUUAGGCCAUUUGUUCUAACAGCUCCUUUUAUGUGUGAAGAAACAUCAAUUUAUUGAUUGAAUCUUAUAGAGGAACCUUGAUAUAAGCUAGGUUUUUCUGUUUAUGGAAAGUACAAAGAUUACAUAAUUAGUAAAGUAUAGAAUAAUUCUGAUACUGAUAAAAGACCUUUAGUAUCCAGAAGCCCCUCUCCAUUUUACAAAUAAGCACCUCAUUUUCAUUUCAUGUUAAAAAAAGAAACCCAGAUUCCUUCAUUACUUAUUGUAUGGAGUCAUUUUAUUCAGAAAGGAUAAAGAUGUGUGGCCUUGUCUGCAUUUUGUAUACAUUUGUGAGGCUUGUCUUGAAAUGUAAGGAGAAGGAAGAAAAACGGGAGAGAGGAGGAAAAAGCAACGAGAUGGAUAAAGUUGUCAAAGUUUUGGCAUGUUGUAUCAUGGUAAUUUUUUCUUCUUUUUAACCGAACAAUUAAUAAAAAAUGAACCUUAGUAAGGGAUGAGUGAGUAGGAUCUGAAGAGAAAAAUGAUGUAAACUAGAUGAUAUAUUUGUUGUUAUGCAUUUUGUGAUUGUCUAUCGUUUCAUAUUUUUAAAAAAAUAAUAGUUAUAAUUAACUUGUGUUUAUCUUCCAAUGUUAGUUUUACUUCACAGAAAAUGUAUUUCAAUAAUGUACAAUACUUACUCUUUUACAAGCAUAGAAAAUGAGUAUAAAAGAAAGAUUCAUUAUGAUAUGAAAAUACAAGAUGAAUAAUGAGGUUGAUUCAACUUGGAAUAUGAUUCUUAACAAUGGUAAAAAAAUGGUUUGCAUUACUUAGAAGAAAGCAGUUAAUCAAAAUUUAUGAUUUAGGUGGCUAAAAUUGCCAACAGGUUAGUUUACCUUAUUUAUGAAAAAUUUCCAUACAUGCUAUGUAUCUUAAGAAACAAUAGAAAGAAUGUGGUUGUACUAAUAAAACGUACGAAGUGAG